CCUCACCCGGCUGCUGAUGCUGGCCGCCUUCCCCCUCUGCUACCCGCUCAGCCGGUUGCUGGACUGGGCACUGCGACAGGACUCAGCGUCUUCUCUACGCGGCGCGGCUGCUGAGACGCCUGCGCGCCGCUGGCCCCACGGAGACUGGUGCGGGAGGAAGUUGGCCAUGGUGCAGGGCGCGCUGGAGCUGCGCCACAGGUGUGGAGGAUGUGCUGACCCGCUGGCGGACUGCUUCACUGCUCCGGCCGAUGCCGUGCUGGACUUCGCCACCGUCUCUGAGAUCCUCCGUUCUGGCUACACCCGCAUCCCAGUCUAUGAGGGUGACCGGCGCGACAAUAUUGUCGACCUGCUCUUUGUCAAGGACCUGGCCUUUGUCGACCCCGAUGACUGCACUCCCCUGCAGACUGUCACCCGCUUCUACCGCCGCCCGCUCCACUGCGUCUUCAACGACACACGCCUCGACACGCUGCUUGAGGAGUUCAAGAAGGGAAAGUCCCACCUGGCCAUCGUGCAGCGGGUGAACAACGAGGGGGAAGGAGACCCAUUCUACGAGGUGAUGGGCAUUGUCACCCUGGAAGAUGUCAUUGAGGAGAUCAUCAAGUCCGAGAUCCUGGAUGAGACGGAUCUGUACACGGACAAUCGGAAGAAGGAGCGGGUUCCCCACCGGGGGCGCAAGCCCCAGGAUUUCUCCAUCUUCAGGCUCUCAGAGAGUGAGAUGAAGGUGAAGAUCUCCCCACAGCUCCUCCUGGCUACCCAUCGGUUCAUGGCAACAGAAGUGGAGCCUUUCAAGUCCCCCUACCUCUCUGAGAAGAUCCUGCUGCGGCUCCUAAAACACCCCAAUGUAAUCCAGGAGCUCAAGUACGACCGAAAGAACAAGAAGGCAGCAGAGCAUUACCUCUACCAGCGCAACCGCCCCGUCGACUACUUUGUCCUCAUCCUGCAGGGGAAAGUGGAGGUGGAGGUUGGCAAGGAAGGACUGCGGUUUGAGAAUGGAGCAUUCACUUACUAUGGUGUCCCUGCCAUCAUGGCUGUCGUCUCCUCAGAUAAUGAUGUGCGAAAAGUGGGAAGCCUGGCUGGAUCCUCCUUCCUAUUGAACAGGUCCCCGUCGCGGUGCAGCGGGCUCAACCGCUCCGAGUCCCCCAACCGGGAAGACUAUGGGGGCAGCAGCACACAGCUCCACAGCAGCAGCAACAACAUCUACACACCCGACUAUUCCGUGCACAUCCUCUGCGAUGUGCAGUUUGUCAAGGUGACUCGGCAGCAGUACCACAAUGCACUGGUGGCCAGCCGCAUGGACAGCUCACCCCAGUCACCUGACAUGGAGGCCUUCGACAGGGAUUCAACCAAGGCCUCGACCGCACGGGGAACCCCACAGACACCCAAGGAGGAUCCCACCACCCUCUUGAACGAGAGAAACAAUGUCAUGUGCAGCCACUCCGAAGGGCUGCACAGUCCCAGCGAUUCGGUGUUCCUGCGCAUGGAGGGCAUCCCCUUCAUCCAGGAGGAGCUGGCUGACAAUGAGGAGAACAGCAAGCGGCAGAGUGAGUCUGGCUGGGGUACACGAGGGGGGUGGAGAUGGCUGUGGUGCCCUGAGGCGCUGCAGCCAUGCUGAGCUUUUGCAGACAGUGAGUGCUGCGAGACCGUCCAGGAAGCAGAGUCUGCAGGCAGAGAGGCCAGGACCAGCUCAUCCCCGAGCAGCUCUGAGGAGGCGCUAGGCAAGAGGCUGCUGAGAUCCCUCAGUGGGCGAAAGCAGCGGACAUCAUCGGAGGGUGAGAAGACACCAGAGGAAAGCUCCAAUCUCGCCCCAUUAAUCACCUGAGCAACAGCGUGGCUGGAGCACAGUGCUGGAGGCCCAUGCAGACUGGAGGUCUGCAGCAUGGGGGUCUCCUGCCAUGAGGCUCAUGUCCAACAGCAGGAGGUCUGCACUCGCUCGCUGCCUGCCCGCCCACUCGUGCCGCCCCUCCCUGCAGGACUUGUGCAGAGCCCCAUCCCCAGGCGAGAAAGGAUGUGCCCCUGGCAGGGCUGAACCACCCAGGCAGCCUGGACCAGUUAGCUGGAGUCCGAGGGCCCUUGCCCAGCUGCUCCCUGGUAGCAUCUGGUCUCAAGGAAUAGGUGGAAAAAGGAAAGGUGGGGAAGUGUCUGUCACGGUGUCCCUGCAGGCAGAGCAGGGAGGGGCGGCCCAACCCAGAACUGCCCUUAGCAUCAUUUACCAUCCCCAUCCCAGCAAGGCCUGGAGCCCCUUGGUGCUGCACAGAUGUCGUCUCCACCAUGAGGAGGAUGUGCUAUUUGGGGGGUGCCACCUGCAGCUCAGGGCCCCAGCACAUGUUCGUGCCGUACCUGGUGACAUGCACGCUUGCAGCGCCUUGCUCACGCUGACCAUCGACUCAGCCCCGCACUCCCGAGCCCCUGCUAGGCACAGGGCAGGGAGCCCCACUCACUCCCGAGUGCAGACCCCUCCCUGGGGAGGGCCUGCUCCAUGCUACAUUGGACCAUUUUCCUCUCCACACAUGCCCACCUGUGUGAGGGAGGCUCGCACCAAGCCUUUGGUUUGGUACAGACCAGUCAGUAGUUUUUGUAGAGGCUGAACGCAACAGGGAUAUUAAAAGUGAUUUUUCCCUGA